AAAUGCAGCGUAGGAAAAGUACAUGCUCCUCACAGUUCCGGCUGAAGAGAACGGCCCCUGGCAGUCAAUUGAGCUGACGCCGCCGGAGGAAGCGGGGAGGACUGUGAGUUUCUUUAGCCUCGAGCAAAGAAAACCAUCAGGUUUCCACGGCAAGAUUGAACUGAAUCAUCUACUGGAUCAACCGGACAAUCACUUGUAAAGAAUAAUGGCCAGUGAGGGUGGGCUGUCCCAUCGAAGCAGAAGAAUGAUGCCAGUGGUCUCCCCAUCUCUUGAGAGAGAUGCUGGUGUGAGAGGUUUUGAAUCUGAUGGGCAUGUCCGGUUGACCAGCAACGGAUGUAUGGAUCUAGAGCACAUUAUCACCAAAAAGAGGCAGAUGCAGUUGAAAACCGAGAGUUUAAGGGUGGACCUGAUGAAGCGAUUUGAUGCUCAAGUCCAAGAGUUUGUUGAAGCUAUGAUCGAAGAAUCCGUCAGUUUUGAGCCUACACCUCCUGUGUUUGCAUCUUCAGUUUCAGAGAAAGACAAGAUGAGGCAACUGAGACCAUCCCCGGAACAAGGAAAACUUUUUAUAAGUCGACGCUCUCUUCUUGAUGAGCUGUUUGAGGUGAACCAUAUUCGUACCAUCUACCACAUGUUCAUUGCUCUUCUUAUCCUUUUCAUCAUCAGUACUCUUGUUGUGGACUUUAUAGAUGAAGGAAGGCUUGUUCUAGAUUUCAGUCUUCUCGUUUAUGCCUUUGGCAAUUUUCCUUUGGUGGUAUCAACUUGGCUAUGCAUGUUCCUGUCGACAUUCACCAUUCCGUACGCAUUGCUUCACCAGUGGGCACGUCAGUAUCGUUCAGCACGGUUCAAAGGGCUGAGUUGUUUGUGGGCUGGUACUCUCUUUUUGAUUUUUCAAACCGUAGUCCUUGGGUUUUUGCCAACCUAUGUUGUCCUCAGGAAUAACUUCCCACCAGCUUCCCGGUUUAUCAUCAUUCUGGAACAGGUACGCCUCAUAAUGAAAACCCAUUCUUUUAUCAGAGAAAAUGUCCCCAAAGUGCUGUCUUCUGGGAAGGAGAAAUCCAACUUGACUGUGAUGCCUCAGAUAUCUCAAUACUUAUAUUUCCUUUUUGCGCCAACUCUCAUUUACCGAGACAACUAUCCCAGAAAUCCAGUGAUCAGAUGGGGUUAUGUUGGUACAAAAUUUUUACAGUUUUUGGGCUGCCUGUUCUAUGUGUACUAUGUAUUUAUGCGGUUAUGCAUUCCUCAGUUCAGAAACAUAAGUCUUCAGCCUUUUAACCUAAAGGUGACGGUGCUCUGUGUGUUUAAUUCGAUUCUCCCAGGUGUUCUGAUUUUGUUUCUGGCAUUUUUUGCAUUCCUUCACUGCUGGCUAAAUGCAUUUGCAGAGAUGCUACGAUUUGCAGACAGAAUGUUUUAUAAGGACUGGUGGAAUUCGACCUCAUUUGCCAACUACUAUCGGACCUGGAAUGUUGUUGUCCAUGACUGGCUAUAUUACUAUGCUUACCGAGAUUUUCUUUGGAUAUUUGGAAAACGAUUCCGUGCAGCUGCCAUGCUCUCUGUCUUCACCGUGUCUGCUGUUGUUCAUGAAUAUGCUCUCGCCAUUUGCUUUGGAUUUUUUUAUCCAGUCCUAUUCUGCCUGUUCAUGUGUUUUGGAAUGCUCUUUAACUUUAUUCUUCAUGACCGGAGAAAAGGUCCCAUUUGGAAUGUGAUCAUGUGGACAUCCUUGUUUCUGGGUCAGGGUGUCUUGCUGUGUUUGUACUCUCAGGAAUGGUAUGCCCAUCAUUAUUGUCCACUUCAGAAUCCCUCCUAUCUGGACCUCCUCACACCCCGUUCGUGGACAUGUCACAAUCAGGCUGUCCAAGUUAAGGCUGAUUAAGCAUCGACUUAACUUUUUAUUUUGAAAGAGGGUAACAUUUUUUUGCACAAUUUUGUCACGGAUAUCAACAUAACAGUUUGAAACUUAUGGGCCAAAGGUGAUAAAGGUGUUUUGGUAUUUUAGGGAAUUUGUCGUCUGUUUUUGGAUGAGGGGAAGAUCUACAAUUUCCUGCAAUAGUGUUGCAUUCCAGUUUGCCAAUUUCUUGAACAGACCUUCUCAGUAACUGUACCAAUGCUGUAGCAUUUUAAGUAAUCAGAAGUCCUGUUUAUAGAUUUUCUUGUUUUAUUAUACUCAAAUCAAUAACUCUGUAUCUUUUAAUAAUGUAAGGAUUAGGCAUGGCUCCUUAGCAGAACACAGAAUAUGGAGUUACUGCAGGAUAACAGGAUUUGGCCAAAACAAAAAUCACAGUUUCCUGAAUUCUCUAUAUCUAUCAAUUAUUCUCUGUAACAUGCAAAAAUGAAUUCUACUGCAUAGUACUGUUAUUUCACUUUAGUAUUGUUAUAUUAAAAAGGAUUUUUUUUUUUCCUCUAAGGGCAUUUUUGAUAGAAAGAGUAACAAAGAUUUUACAUAUUUAUUAUUUUUAGAAGCGGCUUCAGGGUUGGACAAAAGUCUCUAGACCAUUAUAACGAUGUGAAUACAAAAGAACAUUAGUAAUAUGUACCUUUAUAUAUAUUUUGUUGGUAUUGUUGCGGGGCACAAGCGGUUACACCUGAGCCAGUUAAACUACUGUACUUCUGCACAGAUUGUGCACUGACGUGUAGCUAUGUGAUACUCUUCAUACUAUAUACACAAAGUAUAUAGUCAGUUUGUUCAGUAAGAAAACCUCAUCAGACCAUGUAAUGUUUGUUUGUCAUGAUAUCAUUUUUUGUCUGCUGAAGAUGGUAUGCAGUUGGACCAUCUAAAAUUCCCUAAUGUUUACAGUUCCUGUUUGUUUUGAGGUAUUGGGAUCUCUGACUGUCAAAUCCAAUGGCCUGCUGAUUGAUCUUGUCACUUGAUCUGAGCUCCUGCUGUGCAUAAUGUUAUAAUGGUUGAUGUGUCUGUAAAAUUAGCCUUGCUUGUCAUAGGUUAUACACUAAGAAUGUAUGAACUGCUGUCUAUACUACUGUAUCAGUGUUAUAAGUGAUUGUUGGUACCAUGAUAGUGGUCAUCCCAGUUUUGCACAGUGAUUACCCACGUUGCCUCUCACACAAUUUGUUGAUAGUAAAAUGUUUUUGCAGAGUUAGUGAUCAGCCUUGUACCUUUUGCUGGUUGCAGUUAACCAUUGACCAGAACUGUAGAGUUGUGUUGUGGAAUUACAAGUUUAACACAGAAGACCAAACACUGGCCUUCACUUUGGACAUUUAGGUUGGGCGAUGGACGUUAGUUUAAAAUCAUGCUUUAAAAUUAUGUGCAUGGAGCUGGCUUCCAUCCAUUUUGGAUUAUCUAUAUAAACUAAUGCUUUUCAUCAAAAAUAAAUGAAGUGUCAGAAAUGUAACCUAUAAGAUGAAACUAUUGCUCUAUCCUGUAUUUUUUAGGUUGGAUUUAGAUGGAAAUACAAUAUGGCAUUGACAUUCUUUACUUUACUACAACAGCUGCUUCAAAAAUUACUCUACUUUUAAUGUUUACCUUUUACAAAGGUAAUUAUGGACAAAAAUAGUAAAUAAAGUAAGGUAAUAUAAAGUAAAGGAGUGUAUUACAAAAAGUUUAAUGUGAACAUUCCCUAUCACAAAAAUAUAGGAAAAAAAUAUGUUUUCAGCACUAAAUUAGACAUAAACUAGAAGAUAAAUGUAUGUACUGAAGUCAAGGAAAGAAUAAUUAUGUAAUUAAACCGAAGCCUGCAUGUUUCAUUUUCCAUUCCAAAUUUCUUGGACUGUUUCUCGUAUCAGGUAUUCGUAAUUAUUUACAAACCGAAGCAUGAAUCGUGUAACGUUUACAAAGGACAUAUCUAAUUACGCUAGUGAGUAGAGAAUUGCUUAAGCCUGCUUACACUUUUAUACUGUUCAAGUUUGUUUCAAUGUGACAUUGUGACAAAACUUUAAAUAUCAUUUAGCUCUCACUGUAUUUUUUCAGUGUAACUUUCUAAUUUAGAAUUGAUAGAAGAUCAAGGUUAUUUUUGAGGAAAAUAACACACAUGACUACUGAAUAUAUUGAAUGUACUUUCUAUUAAGAUGUUACGGAUAACUGUCAAUUUGUCCAAAGCAAUAAUUUCCAUGAUGUCUUUUUAUCAGCAAAGCAAAGUUACCGGGAAUUAUAAAUACCUUAAAAAAAAAAAGCUUUAGGAUUUGCAUGUAACUACUAAAAUAUUGUGUGUCAGAAGUUUAAGGCUUACUGUGCUACAUUUGGAGAAGUGCAUAUGAAAAACAAAUAAUCGUACGCAAGCGUAGCACUGCUAGUACCGAACUCACAAAUGAACGGGAAUGAUGUCAUUUAUACUCCCCUCCUUGUGUGCUUUUCAGGGCAUAGUGUCACUCACCAUAUGCUUGAUGUGACCAUUAAAGAUGCAACCUUGCAUAUUGUGUUGUAUCAUAAAUAAAAAGGUAGACCUUCCAUCUUCAGUAGUUUGUUACCGAGGACAUUACACAUGCAAUUUAAUAAGAUGACCUACAUGGACAUGUGAAGUAAGUAGUCUUGAUAGUUUAUGACCAUGAUGUUGAUGUCUUUACGUGAGCUCCACAGACAAGUGGCUGCUGCAGCUAUUAAGCAAUGCUGCAGUUAAAUUCAACGAUGGAUUUCCCGUUCAUCUUCUCAAAUUGUCAAAAUACACAAAACAAAAUGAAGUAUUAGUUCAGUUUCUGAAGUAUUUAUCAAGUAAUAUUUUAGAGGGAUUUGUCAAGCAGUCAAAUUCUAAUUCCAUUUAGUGGUUUUAUUUUGAUAUUUACUUGCUUUGCAUUCUAAAAUGGCUUUAUAUUUGAAAGUGAACAAAAUUUUGAUUUGCAUUCUACAGUCUGUUCUACUGUGCAGGUGUGAGGAUGUCUCGUUUAUGUUUUCCUAAACUGCUUGACUCCAUUUAUUUAGAAAUCUUUAUUUUCCUGCAAUUUCUGACCAGUUGUGGCCUUAGGUAACAAGAAAUUGUGAAAAUAAAUUCAGCACAGAAUUUGCACAGAAGCCAGUUUCUGCGACAGGGGUUUUGCUUUAUUUGCAAUAGAAAUUGUUUUCCUUUAAUUGGGUUGUAUAAAUUACUACUGAUCGCUUAUAUAUAUGUAUGUACGUUUUUAUAUAUAUAUAUAUAUAUAUAUAUAUAUAUAUAUAUAUAUAUAUAUAUAAUAUUGCAAAGUUUUACUGUCAAAUAAUGCAAAGAGUACGUGACACGUGUUUUGCCCUAAUUCUGGGCACAUCAGGCGUACACACUCACUGCACCCUCUCUCGGGGAAUCGAACCUCGGAUGUCAGCGUUGGAGGCGAAGCCUCUUAUGUUGCGCCACGGGGGUACAGUGAGUGUGUACGCCUGAUGAGCCCAGAAUUAGGGCGAAACACGUGUCACGUACUGUUUGCAUUAUUUGACAGUAAAACUUGGCAACAUAAUAUAGUAUAAUUUUUUGUGCGAGUGAACAUCUGUAAAUAGAUAACCAUUAAAGAUGUGUAUUAUGAUUAACCCUCCAUGAUGAAUGAAACUGACACACAUUCUAAUCUUUUUGGGACCAAAGGUGUGUAAUUGAAGGCUUUAAUGUAGUUAACAAGCUCUAAACAUUUUGUGUGCUGUGUCUUAGCUCAGGUGCUCAAAAGAAAUAACUCUUAUCUCAGGGCUGUCUGGACACUUUGCUUGUCAAAAAGCAUACAUAAGUUGUUUGCCUCUUUUAGACUGAAAUAGGAAUUAUUUGUUUUAUUUUAAUACGUUUUCUUUUGCCAUUUUGUUGCAUUUGAAAAACGGACUACAAAAGGGGAACUUGAAGGUUGUUAACAUUGAUACACACUAUGAAGAGACGCUUGGUUUCUGCAAAUUCAGAAUCCUUUAUCUGUUUUCCUGUUCAUGCCUGCCCACUACCAUGUAGUGUGCUGCUAAUGCAUUGCACAAUAAGAGGCUGACAUUUUGUUUCAGCUGCUGUAUCGAUAUCACAAUUUCACCACUGGAACUAAGUGAUAGGCAGUGCUGCUAUGGUAUGAGUUUGAUGCCAAAAUUGGAAAAUAAUAGAAAGCCUUACUGCCCUCAAACAGCUUACGUUGCUCAGAACAGGGGUGAGUCCUGCUGAAUUUUUGUCUUUCGUGGUUUGGUAUCCAUAAUGUACAGACUGCAAUGUCAUUUCAGUUAUAGGAGCUAACUGAUUCCAUAAAUGAAAAGGUUAGUCUUAUUUGUAGUACUAUGUAGGACUGCUGUAAUAAUUUAACUAACAAACCUGUAUACUGACUUGAAUGCAGUGUGUAAUAGUAUUAUCUUUAUUGUUGUAUUGGCUGUGUAAUUUUUUUUUAUAGUAAUCAUCAUGCAAAACCUGGCCAAAAAUUUUCUUGCCAAAUUAUUUUCCCAGUAGAAUGUUUCAAAUUGGAUGAAAGUACAUUAGUAGAAAGACCGGCCUUUCUGUUUUGCCCUAUGAUAACUGUCACAUAGUUUCACUUUUUUCUUUUUUUUUUUUAGUUGGCUAGUGAAUUUUUCCAUCAUCUCGCAGUUCACGACUCAAAUUCACUCUCUUAAUCACUCAUCAAAAGGCAGUCAGGUUUAAUUUUUCAGUCAACUUUUAUAUAUGAAGGAAGUGCCUGUCCUCCAGGAGAUGCUCAAUACUGAUUGAGGCGUUUUGUUUGAAGUGAACCAACUGUUCCAUUCUGAACAUUCUCAUUUACGGAAUAUAUCAUGUUUAACUGAAAUUUCUAUACAUGACAUGUACAAAUCAGCCAAGUUACAGGUUUAUCCGUCCAUGUAUUUCCUAAGAUGUUUUAUCUCGUCCAUUAUCAUGAGCGAGCUGGAGCCCAUCCUACCAGUAUUAUAUGCAAGGAACAAAGCAGGAAUGGGUGGAAUGCCAGGUCAUGAAGUAGCCUUAGAGCAAGUUUAUGUACCUCAGAUACAACACAUUGCAAUGUAUUUCAUGGUUCGACUCCUUUCAUUUCUACCAUCACUAAUGGUACGUUUCCCAUGUCCCUCACUUUUAUGGUGUUGCUGUCUUUCAUCUCAUAUUACUUUAUGUAAGCUUGUAGUUCACAUACCUAAUAUCUUCUUCUUCUUUUGGUUGCUCCCGUUAGGGGUUGCCACAGCGGAUCAUCUUCUUCCAUAUCUUUCUGUCCUCUGCAUCUUGCUCUGUCACACUCAUCACCUGCAUAUCCUCUUUCACCACAUCCAUAAACCUUUGCUUAGGUUUCUUCUCCUCUUUCCUGACAGCUCUAUCCUUAGCACCCCUCUCUCUUUAUACCCAGCACCUCUCCUCUGCACAUGUCCAAACCAACGCAAUCUCACCUCUCUGACUUUGUCUCCCAACCAUCCAACAUACCUAGUUCACAUACCUAAUAUAAUAAUUAAUAUUCUCCAGAAGUGCAUGAAAAUAUAACAAACAUGGCAGAAGUUUAAAAGCUUGUCAUAUUUCUGUAAUAAAUACAACAGAUAAAGAUCCACCCAGUUUUGGAUGGGGUCACAUUCUUGCUGCUCUUCUUCCAUUGUGUUAAAAUCGCCAUAUGACUUAUAACUAACUAAACAGAAGAAUCGUGUUAAAGUGGAUCUUUCUCUGCUUUUUUUGUUUCCUACUUUGAGGAAUAAAUUAGUCAUUUCUGUUUCUAUCACGGUUAACACAAAAGCAUUGUCAUAAGUGGGGAAAUAAAAAUCUGGCAAUAAAAUAACUAAUCAGGUUCUCUGUAUAUUAACUUAUGAAAUGAAAAGUAAAUAUUUAAAAGUGUGUUACUUAAUUGAUCUGUAGAUCAUCUGUCACUUGCUUUUUUCUGGUUUGCAAUUUUAAAAAUAUAUUUUUUUUAAAAAUCAGACCGUUUGACAGUUAAAACUUAUGUGAUUGUAUAUAUACUGUAUGUUGGGUGAAAACGUUUCUCUUUCACAGCACAUUUAGUCUUCAUAGUGCCUCUCUUUCUUGGUUUCGGUGCCUAUAAUUAAUGCUGCCAGAAAGCGGGGGGGACUCACUGUUCAUGAUGUUUAAUUCAGGAGUAUUGUCUUGCCUGAACCUGCAGGCCACUAAUAUAUCAAUUUGUACAAUUUGCAUACCUUUUUAAAAUGACUUUUUAAAAUUCAUUUUCAUUCUCUGUUCAUUUUUUGUGAUUAGUAAUGUUAACUGCAUUGUUAAUUGAUUCAAAAUCUUGUAUCUCUUUGGAAAAAGUGCUAAUUAAACUUUGAACAAUUGGAA